UGUUCCCGUGCCAAACGAAAACCGAACCAAACAGCGAGAAGCGGAGCAAACGCUUCGAAGAUGUUACCGGUAUCGCGUCGGAACGGAACACUAUAGAAUUGCGCCGGGUGAACGAUAAAAAAAGCAGAAGCGAAGCUUUCGCGAACAAGAGCUUGUUUGAAUAAUAAAUAGGGUCAGUAUUCGAAAGACGAAAUUGACAAGUAAAUAAAUGAUGUGAAUUGAGUCGGUUUUUUCUCAGGGGAGUUUUUUGGUAAACUGUUUGUGAAGAAAAAUGGAUAUAAUUGUGCUUAUUCUACUAGGAAUUAGCUAUGUUUUGGCGAACACGGACGAAAGAUUCGACUAUCGCUACACAUGCCCUAAGAGUUUUAGUAACAUUGGGCGAAAAUGUUACCAUUUCAACAAUGGUUCAGCGACGUGGUUCCAGGCGUUCUACACUUGUCACGAUCUGAGCAGCAGUAAUCUCACAAUGUUUUCUAGUCGACCAGAUCUGCUACAGUUUGAAAGACACAUGCUUAAAAAUAAACGCAAGUUUGGAAGUCAAAGCACAUCCUUCUGGGUAGGCGGUUUCAAAAAUUGGAAACAGAAAAGGUGGAUUUAUACGGACGGGAGUCCGAUCAAAUUUUUGUCUUUGAAGGACAUCGACAGAGAUGGCGAGGAUAAUUGGACGUGUUUGCUUUUCGACGUAGAAAGAAAUAGAUGGCGAGCGGAGAACUGCAUGAAACCGAAUCCGUUUAUUUGCGAGACCGAACCUGAAGCGUUGGUCGCCUUCAAAGUGAUGGAUAAAAAAAGUGAGAAAAAGUUAACGGUCGAACGGUGUCUCGAAAACUUCGAAACUUUGACGAAAAGGCAGAAGAAGAGAUGUCAGAGACUGAAAAAUAAGCUGUUAAACAAACCAGCAGCAGUAAUACAGAAAGCGAAGCCAGCCUACCAGAGUAAGCCCACCACAAUCAAAUCCUCUAUGAGCUACAUUUGUCCACAAAACUGGAUGGUUUUGGGAAGCCAGUGUUAUUUGUUCAGCAGAGAUAAAGCAACUUGGUCCGAUGCCCAUUUCAAUUGCGCCCACAUCAAUUCCAGACUAGCUAUUAUCAGGUCAAGAGUUCAAGACAAAAAACUGAAAAUAUUUUUGAACGGAUUUACGGAAAAACAGGAAAGAUGGAUUGGUGGAAGGUUCAAUGACAAGACGAAAAAGUGGGUGUGGGCUCUAAAUGGAAAUCAGUUAAGGUAUCAAGGAUUUGCUGAAGAAGUCUUACAGAAUCCGACAAACGGAUCAAACUGGAACGCUAUUAUUAUGGAUCCCCAAUAUUCUUACCAAUGGAGUUAUAGAAACGAGAUGGAAAAGCAUAACUACAUAUGUCAAGUGAAGGGCAUGGCAGUGAAAAGGUUAAAUCCGCCCAGAGGGGCCACAAUCGAGAUUACCAGUCAUCCUAGAUACCAAAUGCGAAGUUCGAGCGGCCGAGCUACCAGACGAGCUAACAGAAAUAAAAGAUUCUAGUACAAUAAUAAA